CUGAACGGGGAGCGGAGAGCAUCAGGGAGAUACCGUUUGCUUUAAAAGGAGAACUAUAUCUGCUUUUACAAGCUGCAGAAUAGAUGUGAAACUGACUGGGUCAGGCGUGUGAACUGGUGAGAUGUGUGGACCGGGCCUCCCGCUGUGUCUGCUGUGGAUCAUAGGAGCAACCACACAAGUAUCGGCUAAGGUUGCAGCUCCGGCUAGCCUGACUGCAGAGGCGGGACGUCCUGUCCUCCUCUACUGCAACAUCACCACACUACAGGGGGAAAGCGUCCGCCAGGUGCGUUGGCUCAACAAUCAAUCCGCUCUGCUCCUGGCGUACUCGCUGUCUCCGUCGUUGCGCGUCAGCCACCGAGGAGCAAACGUGGAGCUGGCGGCGGCCGACCACGGCUCCAGCAGCAUCAGCAUCAAGAAGGUGGGGUCUGAUGACGGCGGCUGCUACCGCUGCAUCUUUGACGUCUUCCCCACCGGGAUGCAGGAAAGCUCCACAUGUGUCAACAUCACUGCUAAAGUCCACCUGGAGGGGAACAAGACAGCCGUCAGUGGGAAGCCCGUCAGCCUGUCCUGCUCCUACAGCCUCAGCGACCGGGUUCAUCAGGUGAUGUGGAAGAAGACCCCCGAGCAGGGCGACACCACCAUGGUGGCCUGGAACACCAAGGCCAACCAAGGCAUACGGGAAGAGUUCAAAGGUCGGGUCAGGCUGACCCGCACGCUGGGAGAAAGCACACUGACCUUGGCAAAGGUGCGAACAGAAGAUGAGGCGUGCUACAGCUGUGAGUUCCACACCUUCCCUGAUGGCACCAGGAAGGCCACCACCUGCCUCUCCGUCUACGUUUUACCCAAACCAGAGGUGACCCAUGUGACCACAUCCUCAGGAAUAACAGAGGCUAACUGCACGGCCCAGUCCAGGCCUCCAGCAAACAUAGUGUGGGACGCCGGCAGUGAUAACAGAACUCUGGGUCCACCCAUCAUAUCCUCUUAUGAGCAGGGCGAUGGCACCACCAUAGUGACCAGCACGCUGCUCUUCCAGUCUGCGGUAACCAGUGGGCGGUCGGUCAGAUGCAUCGUGCAGCACCAGGGUUUGGACAAAGCCCUCACACUGUCCCUCCAAACAGACGCAAUGAAUCCAACCACCAUUAUCCUGAUCUCGGUGUGUGGUGUGGCAGCUGUUCUCCUCCUGUGUCUGUGUGUGUGUCUCUGCAAGUGCUUCAUCUGUACCGACGACUGAUUGGACAUUCCACAUCCCCGCUAGACUAAUGCUACGGCCGAGUUCUGAGCCUGACCCAGAUGCUCGGCGCCGUGCAGAAAAGAAGCUGCUUGUUCUGCUCCUCCGACCUGGAAACAUUCUGCUGGAGCAGAAACCUGCUUUCCUACAAAGGAAAAAGACCUGAACCAUUAUUUAAUGCUACAAAUGACUCCUGCUAAUGAAGAACUGCUGAAAGCUGACAUUUUCAUAGCCCUAAGAGUUUACAGUAUAUUUGGAUUCAGUAUAUUUAAUUCCUCUUUUUUUCAUUUUAUAAAAUCUUCUGUAACUAUAAAGAUCAUUAUAUUAAACUGACUGCCUUAAAUGUGAUAUUUAGAAAUGGUUUACUGCUCUGAUAUGUUUUAUUGAGGCUGUAUUUUGUUCAGAGAAAUGUGAUCAUUGCAUCUUAAGCUAACGACCCCACUGCCUUCUCUAACGGUUUGUGAAUCCUGAGGUAUGUGCAACGCACAGGAAAUGAGCAGAAAUGUCUGAAGGAAAAUACUAAGAUGACAAAAAUAUAAAUCUCUGCUCUAACUUUAGCUGUGUUUAGUCUCCUGACUGGAUAAAUACAGCUUAAAGCCACAACUGCUUAUUGUCGCUGCUGCCUGGUGGUUUUUGGACACAGACAUCCCCACAAAAAGCUCUUCCUUCACCCAGAAUGCUUCCAUUAGUGGUUGUUGGAGACUCAUGCACAUUAGAAGAGAACCAGUUUUGACCUUGCAAGUUACGGGAAAGCCAAAAACAGCCAAAACGCCGAGGUGGGAUGUGACUGUAUGAACCUGAGCUGCAUGAGUCAUUGUGAUGGAGGAGAGAAUGGAAGCUGUUGGGUUGAACCCUACAUGUGGGCUGGAGAUGGGUGGUUAAGCUGUAAGCUUUGUGUUUCUGGGGUUCACACCGCCCCCAAUGAUUCCUGAGCAGGUGAACCCCGCAGCUGUGAAUCACUGUUCAUACUGGUGUCAGACAGAAGGCGGAUAGGUUUCCACGUGUUCUCAUGUUUUUUAAAGGAAGUCUCUUAUUUUGCAUUUCGGAGUCAGAGAACUGAACUGCAGAGGGUGGUAAAGUUUUGAUUCUAUAAAUUAAAGUGUUAACCUUUUGUUAAAUACGUGUUAAGGAAAUGUUUUCUAACUAUUUUUAUAUAGUGAUGUUUAUAAAAUAACAUAAUUGUGGAUUACCUUAACUGUGCUGCUGUCUUAUGUGUUUCCAAACAGUA